AUGGGCUAUUUAAAGGCAGCAAAAACUUAUAAUGUACCCAGAACCACCUUAUUUCGACUUGUUCAAGAAAAUGACAGUUUGUUAGAAGAUACUCUGACCAAAAAGAUAGGUCGCAGACCAGUAUUUAAUAAGGUUUUUGAGGAAAUGUUGGUGAAAUAUGCCCUUGUUAUGGAACAAAAAUUAUGUGGUUUGACUCGAAUGGAUAUGAGAAGAAUAGCAUAUCAACUUGCUGUUAAAAAUAAUGUGCCCCAUCCAUUCCAUGACGACAGAGCUUGCAGAUACUGGCUGAAAGGAUUUCUUGCGAGGCACAAGCAAACUUUAUCAAUACGCAAGCCCACUGGAUUUACAAAAGCAAGAAUGGACGAGUUUUAUCAAAAUCUUGAGAAAGUUUAUGAUGAAAAAAACCACACAAAGAAUAUCGAGCUCAUAGAUAAAGCUAGACAGAAUCAUGUGACUUUGAUUUCACUGCCGUCACAUUGCACACAUAAGAUCCAGCCCAUGGAUAAAGCAUUCAUGGGGCCACUAAAAAGUUACUACAGUGAAGAAAUUCGUGUGUGGUUGCGCGAAAACAAUAGACCACUUACUGCCUACGAUAUUUCAGAGUUAUUUGGCAAAGCUUAUCUAAAAUGCCAGACUGGUGAAAUUACAGCAAAUGGCUUUAGAGUUGGUGGCAUUUAUCCAUUAAAUACAAAUAUUUUCACGGAAUCUGACUAUCUCGCAGCAGCACAAGAAUCAGCGGAUGGCAUUGCUAAAAACGAACAAGAAGCACGUAGUCCUAUCGCUGCAAGUCCACAAGUCAUAAAUGAAGCUGGAAAUCAUUCACCAACCCUAUUACAAGGUUUCGAUGACAGUCAUGUUGAUGUUUCGUCAGAUAGCAGACAACAGUCAUAUGAAAUUGUGUCUGAAACAGAUCCUCCAUCAGUAAACCUUCCUGAUAUUGCCAUGCGAGAAGAACAAGAAAAAGAAAAUCUUCCUGGACUUUCUGGUAGUAACCCCAUUGUGACACCGUUUCAAAUCUCACCAGUUCCUACUUCCAAAUAUCGGUCAUCAAAUCGAGGUCGUAAGCCAGAAAAAGACACAGAGUCUGAUAGUGAUGAUACAUUCGCAUCUGAUGAAUCAGAAGAAGAUAUACCCUCUUAUGCUAAUGUGAGACAACCUACAGGAAAUGACUGUAUUUGUUUUUUCUGUAGUGGAAAAUUUACCGAAGAUCAAAGGGGAGAACAAUGGGUGCAAUGCUUCACAUGCGAAGGCUGGGUGCACAGCGAAUGUGCUGGUUAUGAUUCGGGUUGCUAUGUUUGUGAUUACUGCAAAGACUAG